GAGUUGUCUUUAGCAGUCCGAUAUUUGCUUCUUUUCCCGAUUGAGCUGUGCCUCAAUAGACCCUCUUUUGCACCCUGUGAAAGGUUACACAAUUGUAACUGGACUCUUAAAAUGGGUCGACGUUUCCUCUAACCGAGUUUGGGAGGCACAGAACGAAGUGAGGAACUUAGCGGAACCAACGCGUAGCGGGCUUACAAGUUGACCGAGAACCUCGCUUUGUGACGCCGAAGCUAAGUUAAUACACGUUUAAGGAGCAGCACUCAGUGUAAUAGGGCUUAUAUCUUAGAAACAUGACGUCCGCGUACCGCAAAGUUACAUACUCGCGGUCCUCGAUGUGAGCUUUGUGAAAAUUACGAAAGGUGUCCUGCGGAGUCUGACGUUAUCGCCGAACCACCUGACAUUACAUGCCUCCUCUUUUUUUUUUUCAUUGUCUGUGUGGUUGCUGAUAAGGCGGGUUUGAACGAACGAAACGCGCCCGUGACCCUUCGCGAAUACGUUUCUCCGAAAUUUUCACGUCGUUCUGAUUGGUUUUAUUGCGAUAAUGUCGCCGAGAACCAUGUUCAAACUCUUGGUCCUCUUCGUUGUGCUGGGGCACGUUUCACUAGUGGAUAGGAGCAACUUCAAGACGUGCAACGACAGCGGCUUUUGCAAACGUAACCGCAACAUGAAGCCGGGCGAGAGUCCAUACCAGGUGCAGCUGUCGACGAUCAAGGUGCUCGGCGGUCGCGUGGAGGCGGACGUGGUCAACUCCCGCAACGGGGUGGUGCUCCGGCUGCAGCUGAUCGCGCUGGAGGAGGGCGUGCUGCGCAUGCGACUGGACGAGCCCAAUGCCCAGGUGGCGAGGUUUGAGCCCAAAGAAGCCCUCGCGGACAACAUCCGGGAGGACAGCAUCAAGCUCACGGGUCAGGAUGCGCAGUCAUUCAGCGUGGCAUUCGGUGGCGGCAACCGUGCGGUCGUGCAUGCCAGUCCGUUCUCCGUGGAGGUGUACUCUGGGGACCAGCUGGUCAUUGUCGCCAAUGCCCGUGGACUGAUGCGCUUCGAGCACCACCGGACCCGGGAUGCCCCCAAGGAGAACCAGGCUCCAGAAGCUGACGCACCUGAAAACGAGGUGGAGGAGGCAGCAAAGGCGGUCGAGGAGGACAACAUGGAUGGCGCCUGGGAGGAGACCUUCAAGGGCCACAAGGACAGCAAAAAGAACGGGCCCAUGUCCGUGGGAAUGGACUUCACCUUUGAGGGAUUCGACCACGUGUACGGACUUCCGGAGCAUGCGGACUCCUUCGCCCUCAAGUCCACCGUGGGUUCCACGGACCCGUUCCGGCUCUACAACCUGGACGUGUUCGAGUACGAGGUGGACAGCAACAUGGCGCUUUACGGGGCCGUGCCCUACAUGGUGGCGCACAGCGAGACCAGGACGGUUGGACUGUUGUGGCUGAAUGCUGCCGAAACCUGGGUGGACAUUGAGCCCAACUCAAAGCAGGGCGUGCUGUCGUCGGUGGUGGACUUCGUGAAGCGGAGCCCUCCCCCCAACCACCGGGAGACCCAUUGGUUCUCGGAGAACGGCCUCAUCGACGUCUUCUUCCUGCUGGGCCCUGGCCCUGGGGAGGUGGCCCGGCAGUACCGCUACCUCACGGGCGCCACGCCGCUACCCCCCCUGUUUGCGCUGGCCUACCACCAGAGCCGGUGGAACUACAACGACCAGGAUGACGUGCGUAGCGUGGACCUGGGCUUCGACGAGCGCAACCUGCCCUACGACGUGAUCUGGCUGGACAUCGAGCACACCGACGGCAAGAAGUACUUCACCUGGGACCCCUUCAAGUUCUCUCAGCCGGAGGCCAUGAUCCGCAACCUAACGGCCAAGGGCCGUCGGAUGGUGACCAUCAUCGACCCCCACAUCAAGCGGGAGUCCGGCUACCACAUCCACUCGGAGGCCACGGACAAGGGCUUCUAUGUGAAGAACAAGGACGGCAACGACUUCGAAGGCUGGUGCUGGCCCGGCUCCUCCUCCUACCUCGACUUCCUGAAUCCCGAGGUGCGGCACUGGUGGGCGGGCAAGUUUGCCCUGGACCAGUACAAGGGCUCGACGGAGCACCUGUUCACCUGGAACGACAUGAACGAGCCGUCUGUGUUCAAUGGGCCCGAGGUGACCAUGCAUAAGGACUGCCUGCACACAGGCGGCUGGGAGCACCGGGACGUCCACAACAUGUACGGCAUGUUCCUGCCCAUGUCAACCUACAUGGGCCACCUGAUGCGUUCGGACAACAAGCUGCGACCCUUUGUCCUCUCGAGGUCUUUCUUCAUUGGCUCCCAGCGUUACGGUGCCGUGUGGACGGGCGACAAUGAAGCGGACUGGAAUCACCUUCGCAUCUCGGUGCCCAUGAUCCUCUCCCUGAGCAUGGCUGGCAUCACCUUCUCCGGCGCGGACGUUGGUGGAUUCUUCAAGAACCCGGAUGCAGAGCUCAGUGUGCGCUGGUACCAGGCGGGGGCGUACCAGCCCUUCUUCCGGGCCCACUCGCACAUCCACACCAAGCGGCGGGAGCCGUGGCACUUUGGGGAGGAGACGCUGGAGCACGUGCGGGACGCCCUGCGCCAGCGCUAUGCCCUGCUGCCCCUUUGGUACACCCUGUUCUGGGAGAACGAGAGGACCGGCCUGCCCCCCUUCCGCCCCCUCUGGUUCGACUUCCCCGGCGACAGGGACACCUUCCUCAUCGACAACCAGCACCUCAUAGGCGACAGGCUCCUGGUCCGUCCGGUGGUGGAGGCUGGGGCCAGCAAGGCGACAGUCUACUUCCCAGGCCAGAACCAGGUGUGGUACGACGUGGAGACUUGGGAGAAGCACGAGGGCCUCAGCACAGUGACUGUACCGGUCACGCUCAGGAAGAUACCUGUGUACCAGCGAGGAGGCACUGUGAUUCCAAAGAAGGAAAGGCUACGCAGGUGUUCGUCUCUAACCAAGGACGACCCGUACACGCUACAGAUUGCCCUCGACAAGGAGAGCAAGUCUGCCGAGGGCACGCUGUACGUGGACGAUGGCCUCAGCUUCCAGUACAAGAAGGGCGAUUUCCUCUACCUCAAGUAUCGCUUCGCAGACAACAAGCUCACGUCUAAGCUCUUGGAAGGACCAGGCAACUUCAAGACAAAGGCGUGGAUCGAGCGGGUAGUGAUCGUUGGAUACCCCUCAUCACCUUCUCAAGUCACCAUCACCUCUAGCAAAGGCACAGAAAGUCUGCAGUUUGUCUAUCAGGAGAACGAACACCUCCUAAGGAUCCGCAAGCCAGCCGUGAACGUGGCCGAGGAGUGGACCAUCAACAUUGUGCCGUGACAUUGAGGCCGACGAACCGCCGUCGUUCGGCCGGCCGAAACUGCGGGCUCCGGUCUUGUGAAACCCUUUGGUUUGUCUUUUUCGUUGCGACGUUCCUCGAGAAGUUUCCAGGUUUCUUUACAAACUCUUUUUCACGAAGGAACUCGGUACAUGUAAAUAAAUAGGGAGAAACAAAUUGUUUCUUUCACUUUUGCGGGUGAAUUCUUUUUUGGUAGGAAAGGCACGCAUUCUGUGUUUUUUUUGAGACAGAGUUGCGAAUGACAGCUAGGUGCGAAUGGAGCAUAGCUUUGCACGAGAGGCGUUUGUUUGUACGAAUCUGCACAGUCACCGAUUGCCCAAAAGCCAUUUGUCGGGUCUUUCUCUGUCCGGGCACAGGCUCGGUUCUUCGAAGCGUACUGAUUUCGGUACCAUCGCCUGGUGCUUGCCACCAUUUGGCUCUCUGCUGAAAGACUUUCAUGGGUUCAAUAAAUUGCCAAGUCAUUCUACUUACGAAA